AUGGAGAGCGAGAUAAGCGAAGACAGGAAGCUGUGCAGUUUAUUGAACGAGAUGCGAUUGGACGGGUCGCUGUGUGACGCGGUGCUCAGAGUGGACGAAGUGGACUUCAAGGUCCACAAGAACCUCCUCUCGGCGUACAGCCAGCAUUUCAGAGCUCUAUUCACAAGAUGGAGUAAUCUGGAUCAGAGAGUGUACAAUAUCACUGGUGUAUCUCCAGAAAUCAUGGAUCUUAUAAUCCGAUACAUGUACACACAGGACAUUCAAAUCACCACCGAUAAUGUGGAGACUCUCUUGGCCGCAGCCAGUUACCUGCUCAUCCCAGACCUUGUACUGAGCUGCUGUGAAUUCCUACAGGAUCAUCUCAGCCCGGAUAACUGCUUAAGGAUUUGGCAGUAUGCAGAUGCUAACUCAUACAACGAGCUGCGAGAUCAGGCCUACAUGUACACGUUGCAUCACUUCGAAAAUGUCGUUUUUUCACCGUCCGGACAUUUUCUGGAGCUGACCGUGGAGCAGCUCAGUGACAUCCUGGAGCAGGAUGAACUAAACAUCAGGGAGGAGAAAACAGCCUUCCAGGCUGUAUUCCUGUGGAUCAGGCAUGAGCCCAGCAUCAGAAAGCAGCACAUAGUGAACCUGCUGCCGAAGGUGCGGCUGGCUCUGGUGACUAUGGAAUACUUCCUGGAAUAUAUAAAGAAAAACCAGUUGGUCCGCAGCAUGUGUGAGUGUCAACCCAUCAUAGCCCGUGCCAUGAAGGCCAUGUACUACUCCAAAGUGGCUGAGCCCAUUACCAGACUCUCGGAUCCAUUUACCCGUCCAAGGCUCCCAUAUUCCAUCUUGUUUGCCAUCGGCGGAUUCAGUGGCCCAACUACUACGAACGUUGUGGAAGCAUAUGACUCGAGGCUGGACAACUGGAUUUGCAUCUCCAGUAGAGAAGAGCGAGCUCGAGCGUAUCAUGGCACAGUGUUCCUGUAUGGUUUGGUGUAUGUUAUUGGUGGUUUCAACAGCAUGGAGUACUACAACACCAUGUGCAUAUUUGAUCCCCUGGAUGGGACGUGGAACGAGGCAGCGCCCAUGCAUUCGCACCGCUGCUAUGUUAGUGUGGCUGUACUGGACGGAUUCAUCUAUGCCAUGGGAGGCUUCAACGGGACUGUGAGGCUUAACACAGCUGAGCGUUAUAAUCCAAGCACCAAUCAGUGGAGUCUCAUCCCAUCCAUGCAUGAGAAGCGAAGUGAUGCCAGCGCUGCCACUUUAAAUGGCAAGAUCUACAUCUGUGGAGGCUUCAAUGGAAAUGAGUGUCAUUUCACGGCUGAGUGUUUUGACCCUCAUCAUGAUCAGUGGACACUGAUCGUGCGGAUGCACAUGCGCAGGAGUGGCGUAGGCGUCAUUGCGCUGAACAACCAAUUGUUUGCUAUCGGUGGUUUUGAUGGAGACAGUCGUACGCAGAGCAUCGAGGCCUUUAACCUUCAUACCAACUCCUGGAAGAUUCUAUCCCCCAUGUUUAACCCACGCAGCAACUUUGGCAUCGAGGUGAUGGAUGGUUGCGUGUACGUGAUUGGUGGCUACAACGGUGAAGGCACAACCUCCAGAUGCGAAUACUACGAUGUGUAUAAAGACGAGUGGUUCGACAUCCAGGACAUGAACAUUUCCCGCAGCGCAGUCAGCUGCUGUGUGGUUUCUGGGCUUCCCAACGUCACUGACUACACCACAGAACGUGAUGGUUUUCUCUAGAUGCACAGCUUUUAUUAUUCACCUCUUCCACCUUAGGACUAUUUUUAAGCCUCUUUUUUGAAAACGACAUGCUCAAUUAUGAAUGAGUA